AUGUUCGGCUUUGCUGAGGCCAUUCGAGUAUCGGGAAAUUCCAAGAUCGAUAGAUAUCUGAUUAUCGGUCUGAUCAUGACGGGAAUUACCCCAACUACCGUGUCUUCCAAUGUCGUAAUGACUAAACAGGCACAUGGCAACGAUUCGUUAUCGAUUAUCGAGGUUACAAUUGGAAAUCUUUUAGGAGCAUUUAUUUCACCAGCAUUGGCUCAACUGUAUUUGUCUAGUGCCACGGGAUUUGCAUAUGGUAAUCCUGCUUCAGAUGGAAGUUUGACUCAGUUGUAUGCCAGAGUCAUGAAACAGCUGGGACUGGGUCUUUUUGUUCCACUUUUUGUGGGCCAAAUAGUACAGAACAUCUUUCCAGAGCAAGUGAAGUAUGCAAUGACCACAUUCAAGUUAGCAAAGCUAGGAUCUCUUUGCAUGCUGUCUCUGAUAUGGAGUACAUUCUCUACAGCAUUUUAUGAACAUGCAUUUGAGAUUGUAUCCAAAGAAUCAAUUAUCAUGGUAGUGUUUCUUAAUGUCGGAUGCUACCUUCUUUUCACAGUUUUGUGUUUUGGAAUGGCCCGUAUGCCGCUACAUAAAUGGAUAUCACCACCUACAGAAACAGCAUCAAUUGCUUAUAAACUAUGGCACCGAUGCUUGGUUGGUUUCCACUUUGAUCGACGAGAUACCGUGGCUAUUAUGCUCUGUGGGGCUGCUAAGACAGUCGCUCUGGGUAUUCCUUUAAUACAAGCACAGUACGGAACAGGAUCCACUUUAGUAGGACGAGUUUCAAUCCCGCUUGUACUGUAUCAGGGUGAGCAGAUUCUCACUGCCCAGCUACUAAUUCCACUAAUGAAAAGAUGGGUAGACGCUGAUCCAGAAUUAAAGAAGUCGGACGAUAUUAUUUCCCCUAACAUUGAGCCACCACAGCCCGAGUCCUUCGAGGUAAAGGACAACGAGACCACGACCCAAACUAUUUAA